GCCUCAGACGCUACUACACAACAAAAUUCCAAAUCAGGAAAACCAUGCUUUAAUGCUGGCCUAGGAGAUAUAAUACAAUUUAUGGAAUUGAUUGGUAACCUCAAGCACACAAAACGUACCGGCUGGGUAUUACGUGAUGUCAAUGAUUGUGAAUCGAUUUCAGGCCACAUGUAUCGCAUGAGCAUCUUAACAUUUUUGCUGGAUGGUACCGAGGGUCUAAAUCAAAUUCGUUGCAUGGAAUUGGCAUUGGUUCAUGAUUUGGCGGAAAGUCUAGUCGGUGAUAUAACACCAUUCUGUGGCAUAUCGAAAGAGGAAAAGAAAGCCAUGGAAUUGAAAGCGAUGGAGGAUAUUUGUAAAUUGAUUGAACCACGUGGUAAACGAAUGAUGGAGCUAUUUGAGGAAUACGAACACGGUGAAAGUCCCGAGUCACGUUUUGUCAAAGACUUGGACCGCUUGGAUAUGGUAAUGCAGGCCUUUGAAUAUGAGAAACGUGACAAUUGCCUGCUGAAACAUCAGGAAUUUUUCGAUUCUACUGAAGGCAAAUUCAAUCAUCCAUUCGUUAAGAAGUUGGUCAAUGAAAUCUAUGAACAGCGUAAUAGUUUGGCUAAGGCUAAGGGUGCUGUACCACCACCAAAAAUCGAAGUGCCAAAUAUGGAUAAUCCUGAAACGCAUGCCCAGCCCAAAGCACAGACCAAUGGACAUCAUCAACCGGAACAUAUAGAAAAUAAUUUAGAGACUUCAAAAUCGAGUUGAUAAAAUUGCC